GUGGGUUGUUCUGGAACAGUUGCUGCUUUUAUUGCUGCCGUGUAUUUGAAUUACCCAGCACCAGAAUUAUCACCAUCCCUGGCACGUUGGAAACAGAAUGGGAAUUACUUUGAUUACAAAGAAAUUAAGAUAUUUUAUAGAGAAGAAACAUCGCCAGUGACUAAGAAUUUAUCCCCACUUGUGUGUCUACACGGUUUUCCAACAUCUGGCUAUGAUUGGCAUAAGAUGUUCCCAGAAUUAACGGAAAAGUUUGGACGUGUUAUAGCAAUGGACUUCAUAGGAUAUGGAUUCAGUGAUAAACCAGUUGACCAUGAUUACAGUAUAAUGGAGCAGGCUGAUAUCAUUGAGGCUCUGCUAAAUAAGCUUGGUGUAACUAAAGUUCAUGUCUUAGCACAUGAUUAUGGAGAUACUGUGGCUCAAGAACUCCUUGCAAGGUUUGAGGAUAGGAAGGCAUCAGGCAGCUCCCAGGGACUACACAUUGAAACAGUUUGCCUGCUUAAUGGUGGUAUAUUUCCUGAGACCAACUUUCCUAGAAUAGGUCAAAAAGCUCUACUUAUACCAGGAGUUGGAGCAGUCCUAGGUCGCCUUAUGUUCUACAGAGCAUUCAAGAGAAGUUUUGGUGAGGUAUUAGGCAAAAAUUCUCAGACAACUGAAGAAGAAUUCCAAGACUUCUGGGCUGCCAUACGCUACAACAAUGGAAAUGCUAUAAAUCACAAGUUGCUACAAUACAUUCCAGAGAGAAGGCAAAACCGUGGUAGAUGGGUUGGUGUAUUGCAGACUACGUCUGUUCCAGUUCAUGUUAUUUAUGGUCCAGAUGAUCCAGUGAACCCUCAAGAAUUUGUAGAAUAUUACAAUGUUGCCAUUCCAAAUCCCAGCAUUAUUAUCCUUGGUGGAGGCAUAGGUCACUAUCCACAGACAGAAGCACCCAGGGACGUUACCUUCUUCUACUUUAACUUCAUUGAUGAGCAAAUACAAGUGAAGCCAUCAUAG